AUGAAACGUGGGUUCGCACCCGAUUUUUUCCAGUGCGACGAAGAGAUCAAACGCCGAAAAGCAGAUGAUACCGGUGCGCCUAGCUCGUCUGCAACUCUGAAAGGGAGUAACAGUUACGAUGUGUUCUUGAGUUUCAGAGGUACAGAUACUCGCAACACCUUCGUGGAUCACCUCUACAACAACCUCGUCGAUGCUGGAAUUUGCGUGUUCAAAGACGACGAUGAGCUUUGCGAAGGUGAGGAGAUCGGCACCAACCUUCUCGCAGCCAUUAAGAAUAGUAAGAUCUCCAUCCCAGUUCUCUCUCAAAACUACGCUUCGAGCAAAUGGUGCCUUCAAGAGCUCGUUCAGAUGAUUGAGUGCAUGAAGAGCGCUGGGCAAGUUGUCUUGCCUAUAUUUUAUCGGGUUGAACCGGCCGAUGUACGACACCAGAAAGGGAGCUUUCGAGAGGCUUUCUCCCAUUUAAGGGGGAAGUAUUCUGAGGAAGACGUUGCCAAGUGGAAAGAAGCGCUCCAAGAAGUGGCUUCCUUGAAGGGAUGGGAAUCGGAGAAAAUUGCUAACCGCUCGAAUUUUAUAAACAGCCGCGAAGGAAAAUUGGUUAGAAUAGUCGUCGGCACAAUUUUGAGGAAGUUAAAAGAGGCCUUUCAGCUGGUUGUUACUGAACAACUUGUCGGAAUUGAUGAUACUGUGGCAGAUAUUCUAAGAUUGAUGGAUGAUAACCCUAGUGCUACCCAAAUUGUUGGCAUCUAUGGAAUGGGGGGUAUUGGUAAGACAACUUUAGCCAAGGUUGUCUACAAUAAGCUCUUUGACCAAUUUCAACAUCGUAGUUUCAUUGCAGAUAUUCGAGAAUCCUCGCUGCACAAGGGCAUUUCAUGUUUGCAGGAGCAAUUAAUAAGGGAUAUACUGGGAAUAGAGGAUAGAUUGAAGAACAAAGAUGAAGGAAUUAGGAUCAUGGAAUCUAGAUUUAAACAUAAGAAAGUCCUAAUAAUUUUAGAUGAUGUGGAUAACCAUGAUCAACUAAAAGCAUUAAUUGGGAAACAUGACUGGUUUGAGAGGGGAAGUAGGAUAAUCAUUACAACAAGAAAAAAGUCUAUUCUUGAUCUUAAUGAGUUGAUCUACCAGUACGAACUCAGAGCAAUGGCUGAGGAUCAAUCUUUGCUCUUGUUUAGCAGACAUGCUUUUCAGAGGGACUCUCCUACACAUGAAUUCGAGUGUUUGUCUUAUGAUGUUGUUUCUACUACUGGAGGGCUUCCUUUAGCUCUUGAGGUUAUAGGUUCGUUUCUACAUGGGAAAAACAUAUUGUUUUGGCAAGGCACAUUGAAAAGGUUAAAGAAAGUACCACAUGAGGAAGUACAACAGAAGCUGAGGAUAAGCUAUGAUGAAUUGAGUUACGAGGACAAACAAAUAUUUUUGGAUAUUGCUUGUUUCUUUAUUGGAACUGAUUUAAGAAUUGCAUCCGCCAUGUGGGAUGCCUUAGGCUUUUUUCCAACAAUGGGGAUUGAAAUAUUGAGGCUUAUGUCACUAAUAAAAAUUGGAGAUAAUCAUGAGCUGAAAAUGCAUGACCAAUUGAGAGACCUUGGUAGAGAAAUUGUUCGUCAAGAAGAUUACAAUGUGCCUAUGAAUCGAAGUAGGGUGUGGUUUCAUGAGGAAGCCUUGGAAGUACUUCAGAGAAAUAAGGGAAUCGAAGAACUUCGCGUUCGGGCACUUUGUCUCGACGAAUACAACUCAAACACUGAAUUCACGACUAAACAAUUUGAAAAACUACCGAACUUAAGGUUCCUUCGAGUGGGUGCUGGAAAUCUGAUUGGAGAUUCCAAAAGCUUGCUUCCUGAGUUGCGAUGGCUUGAGUGGCACUGCGGUGCUGCAUCCGCGGCUACUAGAUUUCAUCCAAAGAAAUUAGUCGUACUUGAUUUAUCGAGGAGUAAAAUUGUAGAGUUUUGGAAAGGUUGGAGUCAUUUCAAGGUUGCAAAGGAGUUGAAAGUUCUAAAUCUUAAAGGUUGCGAGUGCUUAAAAGUUACUCCUGAUCUCUCAGCCUUCCAAAAUUUAGAGAUAUUAGUCUUUGCAAGUUGUGGUCAUCUGGAGCAAAUUCACCAUUCUAUUGGAGAAGUCAAGGCCCUCGUUUCUUUGGACUUUUCACAAUGUGUGAAACUCCGAGUGCUACCUCGAGAAAUGGGCAAAUUGGAAGAACUGAACGAAUUAAACAUAAGUGGGACUGCUAUAGAGGAAAUUCCUCCAUGUAUAGGUUCUUUGAAGAAGCUAGAGAUACUCCACGCCCAUGAUUGCAAAUCAUUGGUUGGACUUCCCGACUCAAUUAGUCAUCUCGUAAAUUUGUCGGACCUUGACUUGAGUAACUUUGCAUCAAUUUAG